AUGGAUUCUACCACCAGCUCUCACGUCAACCUUCCGGGGGAGUCCGAAACAGAUCCCCCUACAGAGCAGCGUGAAGAGCGCCCAGCUGGUGGAUUUAGGAGUAGUUCUCCCGAAGCCUCCCAGUUAGGACAGCUGCAAGCGGAGCACGCACAGCACUCAGACGGUGAUUGGACGAAGGAGGUGGAGGACAGCCAGCAAUGUACUCAGAACCCAGAUCCAGACGGCGAACAGGGAGGGGGCGACUCAUUGCGAAGUCAACAUAAUUUCAGCAUUCGCACUUCUGCUUCCGCCAAUGACGAACGGCAACAGCAAACGAUAUCUGUACCUGUGGGAGGGAACCAAGUUGAAAGCAAGGAGCAGCAGCUUUCACAGGUGGAAGAGCAGUCAGAGACGAAUAUAGGGAGAGACGCAGCCCAAAAUGAGACCCAAAGACUUGUGGAAGACGACUUCAGUGAGCACCAUAUGGAGGAAAGGCAACACAUCGAUGGACUGCCACGCGAGGAUGGUCAGCUGGAGACGGGAAGGGAACAACCGGAGCAGGUACAGGGACAAGUUCCGCAAGCAGAUAACAUGCAUGCUCCUUACGCAACAAGCAAUUCAGGAGAAAACCAAGAGUUGCAGCAACGCCAGGGUGAAGACGGGCAAAGCUCUCCCCUUCAGCAGGACUCCAGUGAGAUGGGGAGCCAAUUUCCGGAUCGAAUGCAAGGUGAAAACCCUGUACAGGAACAGGUAGAAGAAAUUCACCUCAAACCUCCACUUGGACAGCAGCCGGAGCAGGACGACCAUGAGGGUAAAGAUAUUCAUCAAGACCGACACGAAAUUCCAACAGAUAAAGCUCAGCUGAAAGUAGAAAUUGCACAAGUAAAACGUAACAACGGUGGCCUGGAGGCCAACGCCCCCACAAACGCUGACCCUGCUGCCCACCGACAUACUCGCCGACCGAAAACAUCAAAGCGCACGAAGAAGGCGCAGGACCCCCAGCCUGCCUUUGAUGCAAACGCUGAGAAAGCUGCUGCAUUGAAGGAGACGCCAAGGAAGAGAGCAACGGAAGUUUUGUUUGAUGUAAAAACAGCCAUGGCGCUGAAGAGUCUCUGCGCGCUGCAGGAAGCGCUGACAAGCGAUGAAGUGGUCGUUGGCUUUGCAGAAGACGUUGGCGAAGAACGGAGCCGCUGGGUUGCAGCAACCGGAGAAAUGCAGGAGCAGCAGAAAGAACGCUUGCAGUCCCAGGCCGACCGACUUCGACAGGAGGCUCAAAAAAUACGCGACAGGAUUAUACAGCAAGUUAAGAAUAAACAGGCCGAGUUUCAGGAAGCCAGAAAGCUGGCUGCUCGCGAAUAUGAUGAACGAAGGGCGGACAUGCAGCAAACCCUGCAAUCGUUCCAGUUGCGCCUGGAGGCAAUAUUACAGCACCGGCGGCUACAACUGCUGGAGUCCUAUGGAUUUCUUCGACGAGACUUUAACACGACAAAUUACUCUCUCAAGGGGAAGAUUCCUCGAGCAGCCAGCGCUGCCUUGGGCUUAGAGCGAGGCUCCGAGGGACCAAACUGGAAGACGAUGCCGCAGACACUGCGGCUGCGCCUUGACCUGUGUCGAGCUGUGAAGGACGGCGUCCCCAGAGGGCAAUACGUAAUGAUGGUCUCGGUGUGGAACCGACUGGGCGGCCACCGGUUAGUGUGGAAGUGCCUCAAUAAAGAGUUCGCAUCUUCUGAAGAAUCCAAACAAAGCGGAGGAGAGCACGCUGCCUUUGGAAGUAUUCCGUGCACUUUGGCCACAGGGUCCUGCGCUGUUUCUGCACCUGUGGCCUUUGCGGCGAUGUACUUCAGCGAAUGCCUAAGGUUUGACGAAACGCUGUAUUUGAAUUGCCCCUCUGAGGCCGACAUUAAGCCAUCCAUGUGCUUAGUGUUUCAGCUGUACCUCCUUCGUGGUGCAGUCUCACCUGUAGACAAGGUUCCUUUGUUUUUAGGAGAGGUUGAUACUUCUAUUCAACGGUAUCUUGAGAUGGAAGAAAUGCUACGCAUGCGAUUGGACAAAUGGCUUUGCAACCUCUACUUCCGCAUUGUCCGACUGCCGAAAGAGGUGGAUGGCCUUCAGGAAUUUGAAGUCCCUCUUCAUUAUACUGGGCGAAUGCUUAAUAUCCCAGAUGAAUUGCCUCUCCCCGCGGAAAUGCGCUUUUCAUCUUCCAUUCGCAGCAGCCGCAGCAUACGUAGUAGCCGUAGUAGCACGGGCCCAGAUUUACCUGAGGAGGAACGGCAGGCGCGUCAUCGCUCACUAAGCUACGGGAAACAGCCGUUUUCCCGAGUGACUCAGCAAGACCUAGCCUCAUAUCAGUAUUCAGGCCUGGCGGGUGCUGCCAUAUUGUUCGCUCUGGGAGCUCUGGGGUUCGCCGUCUUUGUCGCGUUGUUUGGUUCGUGGGUCACUCUGAAGGCAUUUAAUAUCCCCGUCUAUAGUGCUGAAAUUACUGGCCUGUACAUCCGGUUCGGCUAUGUCCAGGAACUACUAACAUUCGGACCAGCAGCUUUGUAUUCCGCCAGCGGCUUCGUAGCUGCUCUUUUGGUUUUCGCACUCUUGUGCACGAUGGCGCACUUGGCUCACUGCUUCGUAGGACGACUGCCGAAUGCAGCUUACCGAUUUAUGGCUCCCCUCGGAGUUUGGGUCUUGCUCUUACCAAUUAUCUUGGCUAUUAUAGAAGUUUUCGGGAGGGAAUCUUCUGGAAUGACAUUUGCGCUCCACAACUACCUUGAAAGAGAGUUUGCUUCGGGAGCAACUGGGAUUGCUCUUACUGUUCUCAUGGACGUUACAUUCAUGGCAAUAAGCUCGGUCGUGCGGGAAUAA